AUAUAUAUAUUACUAAUUGUUAUUUUCCAUAUUUGAUUUGGGCAGGUUCCUGAGGAAAGGAAAAAUGGCAGAGCCUGUGGUAAACACCGACGGAGAAGAAAACGAGCUUGUUGACAACGUUCAAGAAGAAGGAAACGACGACGAAAGCGAUGCGAAUUUGGAGACGAACGAAUCCCUUCUUUCUGGGCUUAACCUUGUUAUAAUCUUAUCGUUUUUGUCAUUAUCAGCUGAAGAACGGUCUAAUAUCGACGAGGCCACACCGGAGAUCGAACCUCACGACCACGGUAAGAAUGGUGUUACCUCGAAAUCUGAUAUACAGACAAGAAGGCGACAACUUAACCAAUUCCAACCGGCUGUUCAAAGGCAGACAUCAAAGGUUCAUACCAAAAUAAGAGAUUGCAGGCACAGCAGAAGGUUGUGAAAUUGUCAAGAGCAAAGCAUCAAAAAAUAGUAGCAACAAAUAAAGCAUCACCGUAGGAAAUAAUAUACUCAGAUUGUAUAUAUAUGUAUAUAUAUAAUUAUUAAAUUAUAUAUGCAUGUAUAUGUAUGUAUGUAUCAAAUUUUGAUCAGAUGAGUACAAUAUUUAAUUAGCAAUAAUACUAAUUCACUUGCCAGAAAUUCAAAAUUGACAGACAAACAAAUAAAUUACUACUCUCUUCUUACACACCAAAACCUUAAAUAAAAGACUUAUUGUUACUGCAUUAUUAUUCUUUGCUAUUACUUAUUGAAGAAAGCGAUUUCGACUAAUAGCUAAUAAUUCCGAAUCGAGACGAAGAAAAAAAAAA